GGGACAACAGCGAUGGAUCUGCAUGUUUUCUCCGUGAAGUGGUCUUCAAACUGACAAUGGUGUCGAAGGAGGAAAAAACGCAGAUUUUCUCGCAAUUCCAUUGAAAGCCUAUUUACUCAUGGAGAAAGGAGCAAGUCGGGAGUCAUGAGCACAGGUGUGAAGAAGCCUCCAUUAGCUCCCAAACCUAAACUCCCUGCUACCACCAAACCCUCUCCCCCGCCCAUCGCCCCCAAACCAGGUCUCCUCUCUCAGUCUUUGGUCAUCUCCCAACCUUCCCCUGCUACUCUCAAGAGGACAAAACCGGCUGUUGCCCCCAAACCAUGCAUUCCCAAAUCCACAGCCUCGUCUCCCCCUGUUUCACCCCCACCACCCAAAUCCAGCGAGUCCCUUAUCCUAUCUCAGGAACAGGAGGAGGCUUUAGGCGAUAGCCUCUCACUUCUCAACUCCAAAAAUGGGAUUUUAUCAGAGACUAACAAACGUGAAUCGGAUUACAUCAUCCCCACCUGCUCCUGUGGGCGCGAGGACUCCCCCCAGUGCCAUCGUCUGGAAAACGGAAAUACAACUGAGCUAGGAAGCAAUUUGCACAAAGAGCUGUUGCAGAACGGGAUUUCUACAGAUGGAUUCACAGGGACGAGGCCGCAAGAGAAAGCAGAACACCUGGAGGAGGGCGUUGCUGUGGAGAAGAGUGAAGGUGGAGGGCUGAGCAGAAAGCCCAGGGAUAAACCUCAAAGACAGAGACAUCUGGAUAAGGUAUUGGUGAUCAAAGAGGAGCAGAAGGGGAACAUUUCAGAGACUGUAAAACAUCAGGAAAGUGCUGCUGUUGCUUCUGAGUCUGAUGUUUUAAAAGCGGAUGUACAGACUAAGGCCCAAAACACAGAUUUAACAGACUCUGAAUCAGCCUGUGAUGUUGCAGGCAGCAUCAUUGUCUCUCCAAGCGUCACUCCUCACGAAUCCUCUCAGGUAGAACACAGCGAGCCUAUCAGCAAAGCAUCUCCUACCAGGUCACACCCUGACCUGCAGGUCCCUGCCGCCCCCAGUAAACCUCUCCCCAUCCCUCAUCCACGUAAACUUAAAAAGCCAGCCCUGGUGAGGCAGGAUGGCGUGGAGGGCAGUGCCCAGGAUCAGGUGGCAGAGGAGCAAAAACGGGGGACUGAGACACGGGAGGCUGAGGGGAAUCUGAGUUUAGCUGGUCUGUCUCUCAGUUCAGAAGGCGAGGAGCUCAAACAGGACACAUGUGACGACUCUUUACCCCAGAAAGAAUCAGGUUUGGGGGAUGAUGAGACCGACGUGCCCGUCCCCCCUCCUCGACAGACCUCCCUCUCACCUCGCCUUCACAGAACAUUCCACAUGCCUCUUAACAAAAACACCUCCCACUCCUUAGUCUUGCUCUCACAACCUGACUCAAUGAGCCACAAAAAAGAGGACGAGGAGCACCGGGUGGAGGAGGAUGAAGAGGACGGGUACGGCGACUUUGAGCGCUACCCAAUCACUCACAGCCUCCCCAAACAGAUCAAACUGGGCUGUCACCCUCCACUGGCUAACACGAGGAAAGCCUUUUCCACUGAGGAUCAGCAGUCACCGAGGGCGCCGCCCAGGAAACCUCAGAGACACAGCCUGCCGGCACCCCCUCCACCCUCCAUCUGCCCUCCUGCACCUCCACAUGCUAACACCCCCAUGAGGGAGCUGCCUGCACCUCCUCAGGAGAAAACAGCCUGGCGCUUCACCCGACCCUGCGUGACCUUCUUCAGCCGGCAGAUGCCCACCAGGAGCAGCAUGCCGCCGAAGAGCCGAGCACCAGCUUUGGGGGGCAAGCAGAGGGCGCAGUCCUUCUCCGCAGCUGACCUGGCAACCCGGGCCGACUCUCAAAAGAGGAGCAUCUCUUUCCGGAAGCUGCUGGAGCUCAGGCUGUCUGUCAAGAUGCUGCCAAAGCUGCUGGCCAAGGGGGGCCAGUCUCUGGACUGUACCAGUGUGGAGUCAAACCGGGGGGAGAAAAGCCUGGAGCGGCCCAAGAGCUGCAUAGGGGAGGCUGAUAUUUGUGGAGAAGGUGGAGAAGAAUCAGUAGACUAUGAGAAUGUCCCUCUGUAUGAGGAGAUCCCGGAGUACAUGAACCUGCCGUUUCACAGCGCGAGGCUGGGCUGGCCACAUGACCCCGACGCAGCCGAUUCAGACAUCUAUGAGGUGCAGGAUCCAUAUCACAGAUACCAGGACCAUGAGUACGAGAGUGACUGGCUGAGGCAGGACAUCCACUCUGAGGAGGAGGAGAUCCACAGUUCAGACGAAGAGGACAACAGCUCCACCUCCAGCAAGGAGCACCUGGACGAGGCAGACCGACAGCAAGAGGAUGAGAUGAAGAGGAAGAAGGUGGUGCACAUCGCCCAGGAGAUAAUGAGCUCAGAGAAAGUGUUUGUGGAUGUCCUGAAGCUUCUUCACAUAGACUUCCGGGAUGCUGUUGCCAAGGCAACCCGUCAGAAUGGGAAGCCGGUGGUUGAUGAGCGGAUCCUCAGCCAGAUCCUGUAUUACCUGCCACAGCUCUACCAGCUGAACAGAGACCUGCUGAGGGAGCUGGAGGAGAGGGUGGCACACUGGAGCGAUCACCAGAGACUGUCGGACAUCUUUGUCCAGAAGGGUCCUUACCUGAAGAUGUACUCCACCUACAUCCGCCAGUUUGACAACAACGUGGCUCUGUUAGACGAACAGUGCAGGAAGAACACCGCGUUCGCCGCUGUCGUCAAAGAGUUUGAGAUGAGUCCAAGAUGUGCCAGCCUGGCUCUGAAACACUACCUGCUGAAACCAGUGCAGAGAAUCCCUCAGUACCAGCUGCUGCUCACAGAUUAUCUGAAGAACCUCCCAGAAGACUCGGAGGAUUAUAAAGACACACAAGCUGCCCUCAGCAUCGUGAAAGAAGUGGCCAACCAUGCUAAUGAUAUUAUGAAACAAGGGGAUAACUUCCAGAAGCUGAUGCACAUUCAGUACAGCCUCAACGGCCACCAUGAGAUCGUUCAGCCGGGCAGAGUGUUUCUGAAGGAGGGCACGCUAAUGAAGCUGUCGAGGAAAGUCAUGCAGCCGCGGAUGUUCUUUCUGUUCAAUGAUGCACUCAUGUACACCACUCCGGUCCAGUCUGGCCAGUACAAACUCAACAGUGUCCUCUCCCUGGCUGGGAUGAAGGUGAGUAAACCCAGUCAGGAGGCCUAUCAGAAUGAGCUGAACAUUGAAAGCGUUGAACGCUCUUUCAUCCUAUCUGCCAGCUCGGCUACAGAGAGAGACGAGUGGCUGGAGGCCAUCGCCAAGGCCAUAGACGACUACACAAAGAAGAAAAUAACUUUCAUAUCAAGCCGUAGUCAGGAGGAGGCGGAGGGUGUUGUCGACAGCGGGGCCCCUUUAGGUUCAAAGGCUCCCAUCUGGAUCCCAGACCUGAGGGCCACCAUGUGCAUGAUCUGUACCUGCGAGUUCACCCUGACCUGGAGGAGGCAUCACUGUCGCGCCUGUGGCAAGGUGGUGUGCCAGGCGUGCUCAACCAAUAAGUACUACCUGGAGUACUUGAAGAACCAACCAGCUCGCGUGUGUGAUCACUGCUUUGCCAAGCUGCAGGAGAAUAGUGACCGCUGUGCCUCAACAUCAGUUUCUCCUAUCAAAUCUGGAGCUUUCUCCUUCACUAGAAAACAGAAGAAAAUUCCUGCUGCACUAAAAGAGGUUUCCGCCAACACGGAGAACUCCUCCAUGAGCGGCUACUUAAACAGGUCAAAAGGCAACAAGAAGCAGUGGAAGAGGCUGUGGUUUGUCAUUAAGAAUAAAGUCCUGUACACCUAUGCUGCCAGCGAGGAUGUUGCGGCGUUGGAGAGUCAGCCCUUGCUCGGGUUUUUCCUGAGGGAGGAGAAGAACGGGCCAGCUCAGAAGCUGCAGUUUAAGCUGUAUCACAAAAAUACGCUGUUUUACAUCUUCAAAGCUGACGACAUCCCCACUGCACAGAGAUGGAUCGAAGCCUUCCAAGAGGCAAUGAUUCUUGAACAGUAACUCGGUUUUACAGCAGUGAAGUCAGAUCACAGCACCGGAGCCAGUUGAUAGACAACUUUCGACCCCUGAUUGAUCUCAGAUCAGGGGUCACCAGCUCAGGAAGGACUCCGGAUGGACUGUUUACCUGAAACAGAAACCCACUGCUGAGCGCUACAUACUGUAUGUGGAAAACCAGACUGCGUUUCCCUCAAAGAACUGGAUUCUGUUCCUCUGAACAUGUUUUGUAUGCCAACAACUGCUACUGAUGCUCAGCGGUGCUGGCUGAGGUCACAGUUAAUAGUUUGUCGCAGCUGUGGGUCAAAGGUCAAGUCCAGAAGCAUGUGUGCGGAAGUGAGUCAACAGUUGUCAGAAAUAUUUAAAGCCAAGAAAACCAAGGAAGUCUGGGAUUUUUUUGUUUUGUUUUUUUUUUUACUGCGCACGGAUGAAGGAGCUACUUUUGUGUGAAACAAGUUAUAAAAAACUGACCGCCUUCAUGUGAGCUUGUUGCUAUUGGCCACACUUUGUAGUUUAAAAGCUACUUUUUUAUUUUGUUAAAGCAAAAUCUAAAGAAAGAGUUUUAAAAGAACGCCAAAAAGAGGUUUCAUCUGAAUUAUGGAUGCAAAGUAUCGCUGAUGUCUGUUCAAGAUUUUAACAGCGCAACAAGGUGGGAUUUUACUGUGAAAAUCCAGCUUCUACAAAGAAAACAGGAAGUUGAUGUUCUGCUCUUUAGGUUGAUCUCUCUGGUUAAGAGAUUUUACUCCUGUAUUUUAAAGUUAACAUAAAAAACAUUGAAAUUGUGGGAUGAAAAACCAGAAUCCUGGAAAGAACUGGAAAUGUUAUGAGUAUUGUAGAUAUUUUUCAUACAGUUAAAAUGUGUUUUUGCCCUUUUAGCCACAGGUUAAUGGGUAAAACAGUGUAUAUGGACAUGAAACAGCAACAUUGACUUUUUUUUAUAUCAGAGCCAAGAGCUAAUAUUUAUAAAAUAGGAAGAUUUAUUGUUUGAAAAGCACAGGCUGCCACUUGUUUUCGGAGUUAUGGUUUGUUAGGAAAUAUGUUUCCAUCAAAACCAUUGUUCUUUUAAAUUUAAAAGAAAACUACUUACAGAAAAUGGGCUUUUUAAUGAGCACAUACUGUAGAAAGAAUGCAUGAACUGUAUUUCUAAGGAAAUGCUCAAAAGGAAGAAAACAUUUUGAAUUUUGAUGCUUGUAUUUGCAGACAUUGUGCCUUAUAUCUCCUGUUUUGAGAUAAAUUGCAAUAAUAUAGGUGCUCUGUUUGAAAUUCUUCACUAAAUAAGGAUAAAUUUAAGCAUCCAGUUUGUGCGACUACUCACUUUCUAGCCAGGGUACUCUGGGUUUGUAGUUUUAAAAACAGUCAUUUUUCAGGUCUGUUUCUUCUUUGUUAAGUUGUGUUGCACUACCCCAUUAGGGCAAAUAAGUUGAUUUCACCAUUGAAGAACCCAAAAUCCUACUUUUUUAGUGAAGGAAUAAAUCGGUUAAUACUGACGUUAUAGCUCUUCGCCUGCUGUCGUCAUACAAUUUCAUGUGUGCCUCAGUCAGAUUUGGGCAAGUGAGGUAUAAAUGUGCAGCAUCCUGGUAUGAAAAUGCUAGUCAGGAGCUACCAAGCAUGCAUUUCUUCAUGAUUGUACAUUAACAGUGACCAUUUGUAAACAUCUACUCUAUCAGAGUUCGAGUCUCUUAUAAGCAAUGAUUCUAAACUGUCAGGCAACAGUUUUUAAUAAAAUAUAU